AUGUCCUGCAAUGACCUGUGCUCCACCGCUGGCUCCGGCCUCGUCCGGCCCCAGCCCCUGGCUGACAGCGGGAACGAGCCCUGCGUGCGCCAGUGCCCCGACUCCACCGCCGUGAUCCAGCCUCCCGCCGUGGUGGUCACCUUCCCCGGGCCCAUCCUCAGCUCCUUCCCGCAGGAUUCCGUGGUGGGAUCUGCUGGAGCGCCGUUCCUUGGAGCCUCUGGGGGCUCCUCCCUGGGCUAUGGGGGCUACGGGUCCGGGAGCUAUGGGGGAUUUGGCUCUGGGGGCUAUGGGGGCUAUGGAUAUGGGGGCUCCUCCCAUGGCUAUGGGGGUCUGGGGUCCUGUGGGGGCUCCUCCCUGGGCUAUGGGGGCUAUGGAUAUGGGGGAUAUGGGGGUUACGGAUCCAUGGGAUAUGGGGGUCUGUAUGGCUCUGGGAGAUCCUUUGGCUCUUGGUCCGGCCGCUACGGCCGCUACGGCCGCGGCAGCUGCGGCUCCUGCUGA